AAGGAGCGGAAGACGCAGGACUCGGAAAAGUGUACUACAACUACAACGAGGAUAGAACAUUUUGAAGAGGAGAUCUUGGUGGGUUACAGCGAUGGGCGACUUCCUGGAAUAUUCAGAUCUAGUCCAGGAAAUCAGGGGAGCGUUGAAUCCAGGAAGGCUGAAAUUGCAGAGCAAUCUAGUGAUAUUUAAGAACAUCAAAACGGGGAAAGUUGAUCAAUAUAAUCCCAAUGACAUUGAGUCCGUGACAUGGAUGAAGAGGGCUCGGGGUUAUUGCCUCAAAGUGAUGUUAGAGAAUGGCACAAUUCAUCGUUACGAUGGUCUCAAAGAAGGGGAAUAUGAAAAGCUGUCACAAUUUGUGUCUAAAUACUACAACACAACACUAGAAAAAAAAGACCUCUCAGUCAAGGGAUGGAAUUGGGGCGUGGCAGAUUUUAAGGGAAACUCCCUGUCGUUCAAUGUUGACAAGAAGACUGCUUUCGAGGUUCCUCUUGGCAACGUCUCUCACAGUACGACAGCCAAGAACGAGGUGACCCUGGAGUUCCAUCAGAACGAUGAUGCUGCCGUGUCCCUGAUGGAGAUGCGCUUCUUUAUCCCUACAGACAGCACCCAACCUGACAAAGACACAGUGCAGGAAUUUUACAACAAUGUGAUAGCUAAAGCAGACAUCAUCCAGGCCACGGGAGAGUCCAUUGCUGCCUUCAGUGAAGUCCAGUGUCUCACUCCAAGAGGCCGUUACGAUAUCAAGAUAUAUCCAACAUUCCUACAGCUUCAUGGCAAAACCUUUGACUACAAAAUCCCAUAUACGACAGUGCUGCGUCUCUUCCUUUUGCCACAUAAAGAUGGCCGGCAGAUGUUUUUUGUGAUGAGUUUAGAUCCACCAAUCAAACAGGGCCAGACGCGUUAUCAUUUCUUGAUUAGUUUGUUCAAUAAAGAGGAUGAGAUGACGAUAGAACUGGGAUUGUCAGAGGAGGAGUUGAAGGAAAAGUAUGAUGGUAAAUUGACACAGGAGAUGUCUGGUCUGGAGUAUGAAGUCAUUAGUCGCGUGUUCAAAGCAGUCGUUAAUCGCAAAAUUACCGUACCAGGUGGCUUUACCAGCCAUCAAGGUCACCAGUGUAUCAACUGUUCCUACAAAGCAGCCACAGGUCUGCUGUACCCUCUGGAGAGAGGGUUUAUUUUUGUACACAAGCCACCCAUGCACAUCCGAUUUGACGAGAUAGCUGCUGUCAACUUUGCCAGAAGUGCAGGCAGCACAAGAUCAUUUGAUUUCGACGUGGAAACCAAAUCAGGGACAGUGUACACCUUUGUGGGAAUUGAAAAAGAUGAGUACGGUAAACUGUAUGACUUCGUAUCCCAGAAGAAGCUUCGGGUCAAGAAUAUCGGAGGUAUGAGUUCAAAGAAGCAGGUUGAUGAUGAUGACAUGCAGGGCAGUGAUGUGGAAGAUGAACAUGAUGCUUAUCUGGAGAGGAUGAAGAGAGAGGGAAGGGAGAGGGAAGACGAUGGUGGAGAUGAUGAUGAAGACAGUGAUAGCUCAGAUGAAUCCUUCAACCCAGGAGAGAGUGGCAGUGAAGUUCCAGAAGAGUACGACAGUAAUCCAUCCACAACCAGUGAAUCGGACGAUGAAAGCGACGAAGGAUCGGAAGAAGGAGAAAAGAAAAAAGAGAAGAAGGAAAAGAAAGAAAAGAAGAAAUCUAGAAGUGCCAAAACAGUGCCUGAAGGCAGGAAGAAAAGAGCUAAGAAGAACAAAGGUGACAAGGAUCCGAAUCGUCCCAAGAGGCCGCAGUCUGCAUACUUCCUUUGGCUGAAUGAAAACCGAGAGAAAAUCAAGAAAGAAAACCCCGGCAUUACCAUCACAGAGAUCUCCAAGAAAGCAGGGGAAAUGUGGAAAGAAAUUACUGAUAAAACUAAAUGGGAGAAGUUGGCUGAGGUGGCAAAGGAAGAGUAUAAGGUGGCCAUGGAGGAGUACAAUCAGAGGAAAGCUGAGGAGGGCAGCGAUGCAGAGGAAGCCAGCAGUGGGAAGAAGAGUCCUAAAAAGAAGGCGGGCAGCCCCAAGAAGGAGAGUAAGGCAGGGUCUGGCCAGGAUUACAAGAGUAAAGAAUUCAUCAGUUCUGACUCUAGUUCCUCUGAGGACAAACCACUCAAGAAAAAGACCAAGAAAGACGAGAAAUCCGAGAAGAAGAGUGCCAAGAAGGAGGAAGAAAGUGGAGAAGAGAGCGAAGUCGGAGAGUUACCUGAUGAGGAAGAAAUUCUUAGUUCUCCACCAGCGUCCUCAGAAUCAGGAUCUGACGAAUGAUUCACCUGGACUCCCUUUAUGCAGCAGCCAUUUUAAAGGGAGGUCACUCUGAUGGACAUUGUCAUGGAAGGGAGGUCACUCUCAACUCAUGUAAUAAAUGGGAGCUAACUCUUUCAAAUCUGUUGUCCCCUUCCCAUGAAGCGAGCACUUAUUUCAAAAGACAUGUCUGUAUCCCAGAAUAUAGGCCUACGAUAAAACCCGAAUUAUGACACAAUGAAUCACCAGUAUUUGCUGACUCAAUUAUUCAAGAAAUUCUUGAUCAUCAGCUGUGAUACUAGUUAGCAAGCUAAAUAUUCAAACAAAUUUUGGCUAUUGCUGUGUUUAGAAUAAACAAACGCCUAAUUUGUUGUGAAAUUGCAAGAACAUUCAUUUGUGGGUCUAAGCUUUCAGUGUUGUGAAGUAUUAACUUACAUCAACAGAACCAUUUAAGUGAAUAAUUUUAGUAUACCCAGGAAUACAUUCUGUUAUAGUUCAUAUUGUCCCACAGUAAGGCAGCGGCAUCCUGCCACAGAGGAAUGGAGUUGUGUAGUGUCAUACUCCUCACAGCGUGCGUGCUGCUCUUUACGCUUUGCUUUGCAUCUCUGCUACCAUAAGCUUGACCUUUGGUGCCCGUCUGACACUUGUAAGCUUGUUUAGGCUUAGCCUCACUGGCGGUGUCCUCCUGUGAAACUAUUUAAUCAGCAUUCGUCAAUAAAUUUGUUUCAUGUGUUGGUUAAAAUCGUAGCAUGCAUACUUUAAAAGAGAAUGCAUGACUUUAAAGAAUGAUUAGAAACCAAGGACGGAGACAUUGUUUUCUGACAUCACUUCUCGUCUCCUUAUUGGGUUGAGGGAGGGUAUGGGAAUGUCUGUUUCGACGCAUAGAUUCAUCAUAGUGACUUCGGCGCUUAAGAUUUCGGUACAAAAUUUGCAAGUAGAGGCUGUGGUAUAAAGUGAACAUACAGAGUAAUACAUGGUCUGUAAGGAGUAUGGUGUAAUUGAGGAAUUUAGUAUCACUGAACUAACGAAUACGGAAAUGGAACAGGGAACAGACUGAUUGUAUAAAGACGUACUUUAGAAACUUCAUAAAUACAUAUACGUAGUGUACUAAUGGCAUUUUGAGACUGGUUACAGAGUUUUGUCUUGGAAUUGACAAAAUUAAUAAUUACCCUGUUUUCUAUGAAUAGUGGGGGCCUCCCUGGCUCAGUUGGUUAGCGCGCUAGCGCAGCGUAAUGACCCCAGGAGUCUCUCAUCAAUGCAGUCCCUUUGAGUUCAAGUCCAGCUCCUGCUGUCUUCCUCUCUGGCCGUACGUGGGAAGGUCUGGCAGGAACCUGCAGAUGGUCGUGGGUUUCCCCCGAGCUCUCUCCAGUUUCCACCCACCAUAGUGCUGUCCGCCGUCGUAUAAGUGAAAUAUUCUUGAGUACGGCAUAAAAUACCAAUCAAAUAAAUAAAUAAAUGUAUGAAUAGGGAAUUACCCAUCCUGCACUAAUGGGAGACUCGAGGACCAGUUACAAAGAAGGACCAGAUGACAGUAGACUUUUUCUUUUGUGACGUUGCAGUGCAUGUGUACUUCAUAUAUGUUUUAUGAGCAAACGUACAGUGUAAUUGUGACCCAAUAGAGGAAAGAACAGAUGAGGUCACAGCUUUCAACUGUCUUGAUAAAGACGUGAAGGACUUUAACGAGUUCCCCGUUGAUGCAGUAUUCAGUAUAUUUCGGAUUUUGUGGAAUAGAAUUUCUGACCAUUUCACAACAGCUUGAAUUUGUGAUUGAAAUAUCUUCAGUUAUUAAACCUUUAUGAAUGCUGAGCUCGUGUAGAUUGGUGCUUGAAAUAUAGAAAUAUUGA